AUGAAUGCUACGGUGGGCUCGUCAGCGGAGCUGGAGGAGGUCAGCUUACGGAGACGCUCGUGGAGGGAGAGGACAUUGCGAUUCGCUCGGACACUGUUCCGCUGCUCGUGCGUCGAGGCUCAGGAGAGGGACUUCGCUCUUUGCUCACAGGACGGGAGAGAUGACAACCUUAUCGCAGGUACGGCCGAGGGUGCAGAGAGCAUCCACAUUAUCGUCGAGGACCUGGGGCUCAUCAACCCGACCUUCAUCUUAUUCACAGAGGACAACCAGGUGGAGGAGGAAGGCGGCGGUCCGACAUCGAGAUGCGCCAUGGCGCGCUCGUCCAGCUCGGUGUCCGCGAGCCAGCGGGCGGCACGGAAGAGGAAGCUGGCUCCACUCUCGUCUCUCCCCAUCCAGCCGCGGGCCACGCUGGGCAGUCUGAACAGCGAGGAAGACUUCCUGCUCUUUGGCGGCGGCGGCGCCAGUGCGAGCAGUGGCGGCACCAGCGACGGCGGCCUGCUCACGCCGCCCGUCAUCAACCUCAUUCCGCCCACGCCCUCUGACGUGGACGCGGCGGACGACGACCAGUUCUUCGACAUCAACUCGGAGGAGGACAGCGUGGCGCUCACGUCCGGCAGCGAGGGAGUGGACAGUGAGUGCAGCCUGGCCACCGCCGAGCUGGAGGCCAAGGACGACAAGGACGGAGGGAGGAAGGAGCAGGUCAGGGAGGAGGAGGAGGAGGAGGAGAAGAAGACGGAGGUCAAUGACAAAAUGGAGGACUGCUCCUUGUCCCCUCCAGUGAGAGAGAUGGAUGAAACAGACAAGGAGACGGCUGCUGCUGUCACAGCUCUCGGAGAGAGCCGAGUGGAGUGGUCAAUGCAGAGUUUCCUUCGUAGUACCUUCCAAGUGGCUCCGCUACCCGAGUACCCCAGAAAGAGAAGUCUCAACAUAGGGGUUAAUCUUCUGCAGUUUACUGAGCACAACUUAGAUGAUCUGAGCAACAAGGAUUCCAGCAGCCAUGAUUUACUGAAGACAGAGCUACGGUUGCUUCCCCUCAGCAGUAAGAUGGAGGCUUUUCUCCACCAGCGGAAACCAGCUGCUCGGACCUGCAGUCUGGGAGAAACAGUGCCCAGAAGCCGCACCUUUCAUGCCAUUGGCCAGGACACUAAAAAAGUGUCAGAGGAGGAAGGAUCGCCAAGGCAACGGCGGAUAACUGUCGCAUCUUAUAUACCCCAAUCAAAGGACCAAAAUGGAAAUUUUGCUGGAAAGGAGUCGUUGAACGGGCCACGGGCCAAAGCUCUCGCCGAGCUCAACACGGAGGAAGUCUGCCAGUGGUUCAGCAGCAUCGGCCUCCACCAGUGCCUGCCCCUCAUUAGAGGAGCUCAUCUCAGUGGCUCUCAAAUCGCCUCUAUUGACCUGAGCACUCUAGAGCUCCUCCAGGUCUCCAACCUGGACGACAGAGAGAGGCUCCUAUCUGCCAUCUAUGAGGAGCUUCAUCCACCCAACACGGCCUCUCAGAGAGUGGACUCGCUUCUAGCAGCGUUUGGGCCGCACAAUGUCGAGAAGUUUACAGCUGCCCUUGUGUCCAUGACCAGAUCCCACUCCUCGCCCCAUGUCAGCAAUCUAAACCAGUGCUCGUUCAGGUUCAGACAAAGAAGUGCUGUUGCCCAGAGGAACUCACAGCUAAUUGAAGUAACAAUUAAAGUGUGUGCAUCGGAGCAGAUCGUACACCUUCGGACACCCCAGGACACAGCAGUGUGUAAAGUGCUGGAGUCGUGCCUGAGAAUGCUUGGAAGCGAGGAGGAGAAGGACUCCUUCAUCUUGAAGGUCAUGGAAGAUGAGCUGCCCAUGGAGCAGCUGCUUGGGGAUGUGCUUGGCACAGACAGUCAACUCAUAGAGCUGCUUCUGUGCAAAAAGGAGAAACCAACACAAUCUGAGCUCUCAGCUUCGACCCCAGCAUGUCCAGUCAUGAACAACUGUGAUGUAGAAAACCAGAUACAAUGCUGCAACGAUGAGAAAUUGCAAGAGUUGAACCAACAGGUGGAAUCCCUUCAGAAUGUGAUCUUGCAGGUGCAGGAGCUUCAUCAUGGUCUGGUGGCCUUCUGCGUUGAGCUACGGAAUAUGGACGCGGAGCCAGACACAGAGGGCCUGAGCAGCGCGGAACUGGAGGAGCAGCUGGCCCAGACACAGAGCUCCCUGCAGGACAAGAGACAGAGGCUCCAGGCCCUGAAGGACAGUCUCAGCACGGUGGCCAUACACAGGACGCACAGGAGGGUGGAAGUGCGUUUGCUGGAGAAGAUGAGACUGAACUGCCAUGUGUUUCAAGAGGAGAUCACCUUAGUUCACCUGAAUCGCCAGUUGGCUCAUCUUCAGGUAGCCCUCGAGGAAUGUCAGGUCAAGGAGGAGAAGGCUGAGAGGAAACAACGUUCCACUCUGGGCCAGCUGGUGUCUCUGCAGUCCCCCGCCAUGCUGGUGGCCACCCAGGAGACGCAGGGGCCAGAUGGCUUCGGCUUCACCGUCCAGCUCAUUAGGGGACAAGGCCUGGUGGUGGUGCAUCGCUUGGAGGAGUCCCACCUCUGUGUCAGUGACAGGCUGGUGGAGGUGAACGGGGUUAGUGUGGUCGGCAGCGGAGAGGACGAGCUCCAGGCUCUGCUCCGCCACCAGACCACUGCCCACAUCGUCGUCCUGCGCAGACCUCCUCCUAAUCCUCCUCCUGUCCAGGAGCUGCCUGCUGAUGCUACUGCUGCUGUUAGCGCCCCCCGGAGCACAGGAGUUUACACUGCAGUCUCCAGAUGACAGACAGCAGGCUGAGCAAGAGGAUUGCAUAACUUCUUCCCCUUCUUCUCGUCCUCUCUUCUUCUUGUCUCCAACUUUUUCUUCCUCUUUGUCCCUUGUUCUUUCAUUCUUUCUUCUUCUUUCUGUUGCCUUGUUUCUCUUUGUCCAUGCUUUAUGUUGUGUCUUAUUUUUGUGACCCUUUCUGUGCCUGUUACCAUAGGGAUUAGUGUCAGGUAUUUGUUUCCUCUGCUUCAAUGAAUGUAAACAUGUGCAUGAUUUUUUUUUUAAAUCAAAUGUUUUGUAUCAUAUUUGACUUUUACAUAUCAUGUUGUUUUUAAAGCAAUGAAAAUGGCACCCCAGUACUGUGGCACCCUCCAUAUCUGUGCUCAGUGUAAUUGUAGUUGUUUUGGUCAGAGUAAUGACUGU